CCCGAGCGUACUACACAAAUCCACCCAAUAACCAUCAAUAAUGAGUGAUAUUAAUGAAAUUGGAAAGUAAUAAACAUUCACGGUGGAGCCUUCAUGCUUGGCAACUCACGCAUGGUCUCUAUCCCCCAAAUCGAGGACUGUCUAUCCCGGGGCUGGAUCGUAGUGGUCCCCAACCAUCGUCUCUGUCCUGGGGUGAAUAUCCUCGAGGGCCCGGUGGAGGAUUGUCGGGAUCUCCUGGAGUGGGUGUAUGAUGGGGGCCUGGAAGGGUUUUUACAUGAUCAAGGAGUGGAAUCGGUAUGCGUUGAUACAGAGAAGGUUAUGGCGUUCGGGACGAGUAGUGGAGGGUUUUUGGCGUUAAGUUUGGGCUACGAUGUCCCUAAACCACCCAAAGCAAUUCUCGAUUUCUACGGCGCGGUCCAUUUCAAACAUGCCUUCUGGACCACGCCCCUCCCGCAUGUAGCGGAGAAGUUACCCUCGGGUCUGUCCCCGGAGCUCAUUGACCGGGUUUAUGAGGAGGAUCCUGUCCCUACGGAUAGUUCUAUCUCACUCGAGGGCCAGACGGAGUCUGGACGGGCUAUGGGGCCGGACUUUUCGCGGCCGCGGGAUGCGUUUGCGUUUACGCAGAUUGCGAAUGGGCAGGUGUUGAGUGCUUGUUUCCCUGGGCAGGAUGUGAGGGAGAUUGAUCCUGUGUGCUGCGUUCGGGAAGGGUUUCCUGCUACGUGUGUUGUGCAUGGGGUUGAGGAUCGGAUGGUUCCGAUCUAUUUGAGUAGGGAGCUAGUGAGGGUUCUUGGGGAGAAAGGGGUGGAGUGUGAGAUGGUGGAGGUUCCGGGGGAAGAUCAUACGUUUGCGAUGGGGAUGGAGGUUGGGUCUAGGACUUGGGAGAUGCAGAGAAGGGGGUUUGAUUUCCUGGAGAGGAUUAUCGGACGAGAGUAGUUCUUAUUGGAUUGUUAUAGGGGUAGAGGAAAUGAGAUGUUGUAUUUG